AUGCGCAAUUUGAUCGUGUCUGAGGUCGUCGAGACAAAAUUUGACAAUAAUGAUCUGCCUCUAACCGCAACAGCGUUUGACACUUCGACAGGAGAAGUCAUAUGUGCCUUUGGCCCAGCGCCAGAGAAGCAAGUCAUAGAGUUGCGAAGAUGCAAGUCAUGGCUAGAGGCGCGAGAAGCUGAAACCACUCUCAUCACUUCCUGGGAUGCGCCAAGCCCAUUAUCUGAACUUGAUUGUGACCGUAUUCUAUCUCUACGCUACUUGCAUGACACUGGCUCAAUAUGCAUUGUCCUUGCUGGUGGCGACUUGAUUGUCGUCCGCGAGAAACCGUUGCCGGACCAAGAGCGAAUCGAAAUAGUUGGCAGCAUAGAUGUUGGCGUCUCAGCGGCUCAGUGGUCGUCUACCACUGCUACCCUGGCAAUCAUAACCCGAGCUGGAUCUUUUGUGCUCAUGAGUCAACAGCUCGAACCGGUCAGCGAAGUGGCUUUGCAGAGGGACGAUCUGAGACUCUCGAAGCAUGUCUCAGUCGGCUGGGGCAAGAAGGAGACUCAAUUUCAAGGCAAGCGAGCAAAAGCUAUGAAAGACCCAACCAUGCCAGAGCAUAUAGAAGAAGGCAAGCCAACUCCGAAUGACAACGGCGAGACUGUGGUCUCGUGGAGAGGUGACGGUGCUUUCGUAGCCGUCAAUAGCACGAUAGCUAGUGACCGCAGGGUCAUAAGGGUGUACAGCGCUGACGGUGUCCUCGACAGUGUUUCUGAACCCGUUGAUGGCCUUGAAUCUGCCUUGAGUUGGCGCCCAUACGGUAAUCUUCUUGCAGGCAUCAAGAGGACGAUCGGGGGUAAGCCGAAGCUCGAAGUUGUCUUCUUCGAGAGGAAUGGUCUACGACAUGGUGAUUUUGACUUACGAUUGAGUGAGCAGGAGAUGGCUUCUUUUGGUGCCAACAUCUCGUUGCUAUGGAACUGUGAUUCAUCCAUCUUGGCUGUCGUUAUGCUUGACCGUGUACAGCUCUGGACGAUGGGCAACUAUCAUUACUACCUAAAACAGGAAUUCCGGCUCAAGUCGCUGUCGCUCGAGUGGCACAAACAUGAUCCUUUGAAGUUCUGCAUCUCAAAUGGGCGACUUAAUCAGUCGAUCUCAUUGAGCUCGAAAACAGACGGAGGUUCCAUUUGUCCACCCUUUGACUAUGGUCUUGUCUCCGUGAUCGACGGCAAGAGCCUCAAACUUACGCCACUCAAACAUGCUAACGUCCCGCCACCAAUGGCGUAUGCAGAGGUACAAGCUACAGAGAACAUUAUCAGCUGCACAUUCAGCCGGACAUGUCAGAGACUAGCCUUCUUGACGCACAGUCAUCUCUACCUGUGUAAAUGGGAAAUGCGGCUAGCCAGCCCGGGAUCGACGACUUCUAUACGGCAUACCACGAACAUCAGCAUGCAGAAGAAGAACCUGGAUAUGUUUCCUCGGCCAACUCAGAUAGUCAUCCACAAUGAUGAUGCUGUCUAUCUACUCGCACCAUCGACAAGCAUAUCUGACCCUCGAGCCUUGUGCUACAAGUACACGUGGGUCAACACAAAUGCAGAGAAUCCCGAGAUAAAAACACAGGAUAUCCAGAUACCUCUCGACACCAAGCAAAUCUUGCUCAGCACGAACCAGGAAUCUGUAUGGUUUCGGACAGCCACUGGGCUGUGGGACAUAUCUCUUUCCUCACAAUUGCCUCCCGCAGCUGGUCCAGCCACAGAUGUUAUAGAUCUGCCUAGUGGACCUCUAGAGCCACACUGUCAGGUUUCUCUUUCAAAGGCGCAGCAGUUGAUCAUCAACAACGUCGUCAAGGCAACUCAAGUCACUUCUUACGCAGUCACCAACCGAUACAUCAUCUAUACCACCGCCACCCACCUGCUCAAAUUCGUUCACUUGACCAAUGAUACCGAGCUCGUCUUUCCCAAUGAUACCCCCGAAGUAGACGAGCGGUGCCGAGCAAUCGAACGAGGAGCACAGAUCGUCACCAUCAUACCCUCCAGCUACGCAGUCAUCCUCCAAAUGCCACGAGGCAAUCUCGAGACAAUAUACCCGCGCAUCAUGGUCCUUUCUGGUAUCCGUGAGCACAUCGACAGCCUAGAAUAUCGAAAAGCUUUCCUAGCCUGUCGGAACCACCAAGUCGACCUCAACAUUCUCUACGACUAUAAUCCAGAGCUCUGGUCAUGUAAUCUCAAAAAGUUCGUGGAGCAGUUGAAGAAACCCAGUCGAAUCGACGAGUUCAUUCAGAAACUUAAGGACGAAGAUGUUACGAAGACGCUGUAUCGCGAUACUAGCAAGCAUGGUCUGGAGAAUGAAGACGCUGGAAUGAGUGCGAAAGCUGUCAGUGCUAGUAGCAAGGUCAAUAGAAUAUGCGAUGCGCUUAUUACAAUUCUGGGUACAAAGUCAGCAGAGUAUCAGCAAAACAUCAUCACAGCACAUAUUUGCAAGAAACCACCAGAUACUGUCGCGGCACUGCGUCUUGUCUCGUCUCUCCGUCAAGUGUCGGAGGAAGAAGUUGAUCUGACGAUCGCACAUUUAUGCUUUCUAUCGGAUACGAAUCGUCUCUAUGACACGGCACUAGGCCUUUAUGAUCUGGAGCUGACACUGUUAGUUGCUCAGAAUGCGCAGCGCGAUCCGAAGGAGUAUAUGCCGUUUUUGCAGUCGCUUCAGGCACUGCCUAGAUUGCGUCGAGAGUAUACCAUUGACAACCACCUAAAGAGAUACGCCAAAGCAACUAAUAGUCUUCAUGCUAUGGACGAGCACGACGAGUUGGAAGCAUAUACUGUCAAACACAACCUUUAUGCACAUGUAGAAGACCUUUACAAACAUGACGCGCCACACCUGCAUAGAAUUGUACGGCUGCAUGCCGACUUUCUGACUUCGCAAUCAUAUCAUGCUGCUGCAGCUACCUUGUACGAAUCACUGCUUGACUACACGGAAGCAUAUCCUUUGUAUGCAUUAGCUCAUAUGUGGCGUGAGUCACUGUCAUGUGCUGCUCUUAUCCAACCUCCACUGCUACCUGAUCGGAUACGCAGCCUAGCGCAUUCGCUCGCAACGACAUGCACGGAGGAGAGCCGUGACUACAGGUCUGCAGCCACUAUCCAUUUGGACUACCUCGAUGAUCCUGUCGCAGCGGCGGAACUGCUCUGUAAAGCCUCAUAUUUCGCCGAGGCAACACGUGUUCUGUCUCAUCCAGCACGUAAUCUUGCCAGCCAGGUAUCUAAUAUCGUUGAUCCGAUGCUAACGAGGAAAUUUGGCGAAAUUAUCGAGUUGAUCGCAGACUGCCAAACUCAGUUAGCAUCACAGGUUCCGCGGAUUGAGGAGCUGAGAAUUAAAAAGGCGGAGGAUCCACUCGCAUUCUAUGGUGGGGACGCAGCACCCGGAGAAGGAGCUGAUAUACCUGAUAACAUCAGUCUUGCGCCAACGGACGCCAGCACACAAGGAGGACAAAGCAUGUUCACGCGAUACGGAGGUGGUGCAGGUGGAAGCCAAGCCAGUACUAAAUUCGCGGGGACUGUGGCCAGUAAUAUGUCUCGACGCACGAGCAAAACGAAACGUCGAGAAGAACGCAAGCGUGCUAGAGGUAAGAAGGGAAGUGUGUAUGAAGAGGAGUAUCUUGUGGCUUCUAUUGCGCGACUGAUCGACCGUGUAAAUGGGACGCAUGACGAGGUGAGGAGACUGGUCUCCGGUCUUCGAAGACGCGGAUUGAGAGAGCAGGCGGCGAAGGUUGACGAAAUCAUGUUGAAAAUCCAUGGGGCUUGCGAAGAUGCGCGGUUGAGAGUGUGGCCCGAGACAGCGAGAGUGGAGGAGAAUAGCAUAUACCACAUCAAUGGCGAUGGGAGGCCGAAUGGUACAGACGGUGCUCUGUAUGAUGGUCAGAUUGACGUACAAGAGCGUGCAAAGCCACCCACUGAGGUGAAGCUAUGGAAGGUUGACAUGUAA